AUGGAUACUCCUCUUUCGGCCCAGGAGGCAAUUAAGGAGCUCAAUGGCUCGCAAUUGGCCGGAGAUACGAUCACCGUCGAACUGGCCAAAUCAGAGGUCGAGGGUGGGGUAAGCGAUGGCGGUGUUCGUCGCUCCUCUUUUCGUCGCUUUGAUAACAACCGAUAUUAUCCCGAUUCUGACCGUCCCCGCCCAUUUCGAAAUGGACCUGAUGUUGAAGAGUAUGGCAGGCGGAACUAUAACAGAUAUGAUUCUCGAGAUGGUCUGGAUUCCAGAAAUCUCUACGAAAGGGGCAGAUAUGAGUAUGGGCCCAGAGACCGCUUUGAUCCCCGAGGCGAAAGAGAUGUCGGCGGACGCCGUGGGGGCAUGCUGCCUCCUCCGCCGCCCCCCGGUUCAGGCUCUUCUGUUUCCGCGUCUUAUAAUGACCCUGCUUCGCCUGCCCCAUCGGGAGCACUUCGAAUGGAUCGUGAAAUGAGGGGAGGUGGGGCUCCACCUCAUUAUCGCCCUGAUGAAUAUUACCCACCUCCUGGCGACUAUCGGGGUCGUGAUGGUUUCAAUGCUCGUCGUCGCGCAUAUUCACCACCGGGCGGAUUUCAUGAAAGACCGCCCUCCAUGAGAUACCCGCCAGAGGAUGACCGCUAUGACUACCCACGUAGAGGCGGCUACGGACCUGGAGCAAACCCCAGCGAGUUUGGCGGAAGAAAUCCGCCUGAAUAUGAACCAUCUCGUCGCGGUACUUCAGAAGAGGAUGGCUCUCGUCGUUAUCGUGAUAACAGAUCAAGAUCUCCGGCAUCUCGCUUUGACAAUCCUCGCUCUCCUCCUACUAGCAACCCCUCGAGCAGAUUUGAGCAACCCUCGUCUAUUGCUCCGGGUUCUGAUGCUCAGCGCACCUCCUCUUGGGGCUCGGGCUACUCCUCGCCCAGCAGAAGAACACAGGGAAGCUCUUUCAAUAAUGAUGACGUCCGCUCUCCCAGCCCCGUCGCUCAAUACUACGAAGAUAUGUAG